GGUCGUUGUCCUGUGCUCAGUGCUGAUGUUUCUAAUUAUGAGUACCAGAGGUAGAGUCCAUUAUGACCCAGUAAAUGUAGCAGGUGUUAAUUGUCACACCUAACUGUCGAUAUUACUCUAUACACUAUGAUUUCCAUGUCUAUAAGGUUCAGCAGCGGGACUUUUGUACGAAGCUGUAUGUGGAGCGUGGGUUUUAUUUGCUAUUUUCUUCUUCCAGCAGUCCCGAGUCAUUUAGUAUACCAAAGUGUUGUAGGAGGGUUUGCCGAGCUGUCCUGUAAUUUUUCUCCAGUCUACGAAGAUAAAGUUUCUCUCAUACUGUGGUAUAAAGACAACGCUACGAAACCAAUUUAUAUCUUGGAUGCUAGAAACGGCAUCAGAAACGAGCCUAAGCAUCUUCCCAGUGGAACAUUAAGCAACAGGUCCUACUACAACGUCUCCGUUUCGCCCUCCGUCCUGCAAUUAUGGGACGUUAGAGAAGACGAUAAGGGGAAGUUCAAAUGUCGAGUUGAUUACAGGCACGAGCCCACUGAAUACUUCUUCGUUCUUCUCGACGUCAUCGUUCCCCCCAGAGAAACUAUUAUAUUGGAUAAAUACGGCCAAAGGUUGAAAGAUUUAAUAGGCCCCUACAAUGAAGACGCUUCGUUGUUACUGAUCUGCGAAGCAGAUGGGGGAAAACCUCCUCCGGCUUUAACGUGGUGGAACAGAGAUAACCUGCUCAAGGCCAACUUCACUCUCACGCCACAAGGUUUCCCAAGGAACGAGCUCGUGCUUCAUCAACUCCGCCGUGAUGACCUCCUUAUUUCUCUUACAUGCAAAGCUACUAACACCAACCUCACAGCUCCGAUAUCUAGCUCGGUUACCGUAGACUUGUAUUUGAAGCCUCUAGACGUGAGAAUCACCUCAAUCAGCAAACCGCUAACAGCAAACCUACAAACGGAGCAGGUUUGUGAAACCUGGGGAGCUCGACCCGCACCUCAAGUAACCUGGUGGAAAGGAACUGAGCGCCUUCUUGCUGUGACCGAUGCUGUUUCUCCGGACGGAAAUCAUACAGUUAGCCAGGUUUCCUUCAUCCCUGGCGUUGAAGAUGAUGGCAAAAACCUGACCUGUAGAGCGGACAAUUUACUCAUACCAGAAAGUGCCAUUACAGAUGUCCGGGAUCUCCUGGUCUACUAUACUCCCCAAGUGACAAUGACGCUUCUAUCACCACUUAAUGAAGAUGGUUUUGUGGAAGGAAGUGAAGUUGAAAUCGAUUGUUCUGUGGAGGCCAAUCCUACUGAAGUUGAUGUACAGUGGCUUUUUAGUGGCUUCCCGAUAUCUUCUGAUCUGAAACGUGGCAUCAUUGUGAGUAAUUACUCUCUUGUUAUAAAAGACGUCCAGCAUUACCACAAGGGCCAGUACCAAUGUGUUGCCACAAAUCAAGAAGGGGAAGGCUGGAGUGAAGAGAAGAUGCUUCUCGUUCAAUAUCCCCCAGUGUGUAAAGAUCCUAAAGUACACAUUAUUCCGGUUGCACAUGGCUCAGAAGUUAAUAUUUUAUGUGAAGUGGAUGCAGAGCCUGAGGCCCAUGAAUUCCAUUGGAUUCUUAACAACACCUUGGGUAUUGAGUCCGUCAAGACCGCUGCGACAAAUCAAACGACUGGUGUUAUAUCUUUCUCGCCUCUGGAUCCUACUGAUUUUGGGACCCUCUCUUGCUGGGCUAAAAAUGUCGUAGGACAACAGAAAAUCCCGUGCAAAUAUAGAAUCUUUCCUGGAGGUCUUCCGGAAGCUCCUAAUGACUGUAAAGUCAUUAACAAAACAAAAGGAUCUUUAAGUGUAGGCUGCUCACCAGGGUUUGAUGGAGGGUUAUCACAGCAGUUCCAGGUCGAAGUGUACACCGACACAAAAGAACGUCUUAUAACCAACAUUUCUACAUCUGACGCUCCUUUCUUCUUCAUUUCUUCAUUGCCUGCCGAGACUCAAUUUAUACUUGUCAUAUACGCUAUCAAUAGUCUGGGAAGGAGCUCGUCAGUCUCCCUCCAAGCCAGUACACUAACUGGUCAGACUAAGCCACUAAACAAAGACACCGACAUUGGGACGAUCCAACUACCGUACAUACUUGGCAUUGUGUUUGGGAUUGUGGCUGUGUUGAUCGUAAUCACUGCUACAAAUGUCUUUUUGAAAUACUUCUGUGCCAGAGAAGAAGAAGAAAUCCGAGGCAUGAAAGGAGACGAGAGAGAAGAAAAGUAAGUCUAAUU